UCAGACCAUGUCUCCAUUCUGCCCCCAGACAAAGGUACAAUACAGAAGGUGAUCGUGCUGCCCACCAACCAGUCCCUGCAUGAAGAUCUGAUCCUGGAGGAGCUGGAAGUGUUUAAGAACCAAGCUCCUGUGACCAACUUGAGAAUCUCCUCUAAGAAACAACAGCUGUACGUCAGCUCGGAGUUCGGGGUCUCCCAGGUCUCCCUGCACCGUUGUCACGCUUACGGCUCGGCCUGCGCAGACUGCUGCCUCGCCAGAGAUCCCUACUGCGCCUGGGACGGACUCAGCUGCUCACGCUUCUAUCCCACCAGCAAAAGGAGGAGCAGAAGACAAGACAUUAUUCAUGGAAAUCCACUCACUCAAUGCAGAGGAUUCAAUCUGAAAGCCUACAGAAACGCAGUGGAGAUGACACAAUAUGGCGUGAAGAACAACACCACCUUCCUCGAGUGUCUUCCCAAGUCUCCUCAGGCCUCGAUUCGGUGGCUCAUUCACAGGGACAACGACCGGAGGAAAGAGGUGAAGCUGAGUGACCGCGUCCUCUCCACGGAUCACGGCCUCUUGAUCCGCUCCAUCCAGCUCUCUGACCAAGGUCUCUACUACUGCCUGACCACCGAAAACGGCUUCAAACGCACCGUCGCCAAGAUCCGCCUGCGCGUGCUGAGCGAGGCCAUGGUGAGCGUACUGACGGACAAGCAGCAGUCCCCGUGGGCGUGGGCCAGCUCCCUGCACCCCAAGGUGCUGCUGGCAGCCUUCAGUCCUGCAGAGAGCCUGGCUGUGCAACAAUACUGCAAAGAGAGGAGGGAGCUCCAGAGCCUGCAGCAGAGGCAGCAGCAGCAGCCGUCGCAGCCGCCCGGACCUCUCAGGGGGGACCUGGCCAAACUGAAGCCCCUGCUGGACCGCAGGAAGAGCCGCAACCGGCGGAACCACUUCCCAGACGUCUGACACCAGGAGCUGGCAGCUACACAGACUGACAGAUGAACCUUCCUCCAAUCCUGUAUCAUACCAGGCAGUUACAAAAUCCCCAUUUUCCAACGCUCAUCUCAAACUGCAGAGCUGCACUGCGGAUGUACAGCGGGACGAGGAGGUGGGUGUGGGGAGCUCUCAUUGGACGGUAUCUCCUGCUGUUGCUUCAGGUACUGUUACCAGGUGGCUGGGACAUACACCAACACACACGCACAGGCACACGCCACCAAUAAACUCUGAUAGUAAGGCUGAUAUUUCUUGUGAUAAUACAACGUGAGACACAACAAUGGUCAGUGGUCCUGGUCAUGUCGUAAAUUUAGGAGGGGAAAUCAGAAUCGGACGAUUAUUAGGAUUAUUAGGAGGAUUUUGAAAAGGGACAGAUGCAUGUUUGACAGUGAGCUGUCCUUCUCUUUACAGUAGUGUUGUACUAGAUUCUACUCACAUUUGAAUGUUUCGAGCUAACAAAAUUCUCUAUUCAGUGAAAUCUUCUGGGCUCAUGUAGGAUGAGAAGAAUAGACUGUGUUUGUGCGUCUUCAAUAACACUCUGCAUACAAAGCACAGAUGGCAGGAGGUCUGAAUACAGACAGUGCUGUAAGUUAGGAAUAUAUCAGUCUAAGUCAUAGACUGUGAAUAAAGAUGGAGGACGUGUCAAUAAUUCCUCUCGGAAAUUAAGUCAAACUAUCCCUGACACGGGUGCCACCAUCUUACUGCUGACGUAAUUUAAAACACAUUCAUCAGUGUUAUAAGACUUGAAAUGACAGAAACCAUCUUUGAGAAAAAAUGUGUUUAUCGUGCAUUUUUAAUCCAGUCCCAUCUGCAGACAUGCCAGAGGCCACCAGGGGGCUAUCGAGAUGAUUGGGCUUCACUUUAUCGGGAGCUGCCAUGUUGUCCAUCUUUAUAAACAUGCUAUGGUACAAAGACCAAAACAGAAAUGGUGGCAGGAUUCUGAAUAGAGUGUGAAAUACGGUGUGAGUUGUUGUACACUUCUCACACAAUCCGUCCUGUGUGUAUAAAUACUCGGACGUACAUUUACGAGAAUGUGCCUCAAUGUAAUUCGGCUGCAUAUUGUAUUUGUAUCGUACUUCUCUUUUUCCAGCAUGUUUAUAGAAAUUCAACGAUAAUGUUGAAGUCUUUCAAAGGGAUACUUGGACAUUUGGGGGGAAUUUGCUUAGUUUUUUCGCACAGAGUAGAAGAUUGAUACCACACUAAGUGACGAAAUCCAAUUUACGCUAAGUUAAGCUAACUUGCUGCCAGCUGUAGCUUUAUGCCAUACAGACAUGAGGGGGGUGUCAAUCUUUUCUCUGGAGUCGUGACAAAAAAGUAUAUUUCCCCAAAAUGUCAAAUUAUUGCUUUAAUCCUUGCCUGGAUUGGAUUUAAGCAACCAAGAGGUUUGCACAUUUUAGUUUUUGCCUUCAGGUAAAUAAUGUAACGUAGUGUAAUACUCGGAAAUAUAGUCUGCAAUGACAUUUUCCUUCUUUGGAUCCACGUUUUCUACAGACUGCAGCAGAGUGGACGUACGUUUAAUUCAGAAGUAGUAAUUGUCAGUGACAUCAACCAUUUGAAAUAUGUGAAUACACCUUUUAGGGGCAUAGCUAAUGUACAGUAGAUUAUUGGUUGCUUGUGUACAGAGUUUUUUUGUUUGUUUUAUUCAUCCUGUUAAUUUAAUGUGCUGUGAAAAUUUAGUUUUCACUGUGUAUAUAAAUUCAACAUGUUUCACCAACUAACUCUGACUG